GGCCCAGGGGGCCCGGGCCCCCCCCAAAAUCUCCGCUCCCCUUUAAAAAUCUCGACUGUAUGCCAUAUGCUGAUAGUGGGUACAGAACAAAAUCGCUUAAAAUAAUUAUUGUAAUCUGCUGCAACUAUAAUGCGGAAAGCAGCGGAAUGUGUCGUCGGCCGUAUAGGUAUAUAUAUGCAUAAUGCAGGCGCUGAUGCAGGAGAAGGGGGGGAGAUGGCUCGGGCUCGGGCCGCUAUGUGGAGGUGGACGGGAUACUAUUUUUUCUGUAUCUGAUGCAACUUUUCACUCUCCUUCAGGGCCAGGGCACAGCAGGCACGUGCCCAAAGGCCAGGUCCCCGCACUCAUCUAAGAAUCUACGCGUAUAUACUCAUAUGGGGCCGUUCCCAGCAACCCAGGGACGAUGGAGAGGGGCCGAGGGUAUCGGACGAAAUGUCUGCUAAAAUCUGCUAAAAUGUCCACUUUCUGUGAUAGUCAAAACAAUAACUUGUACCUUUCGUUUGCAUUUCUGGAGAACUUAGAAUUUUCUUUAUUUACUUUCAGUAUUUAAGUUACGGAAGUCGAAAACGUAUAUUGUUUAUUAUAGAACUAAAUUUAAAGGCCUAGGAAAAAUAUGUGACCUCAUUCCUCACAUGCAAGCAAUAAGUUAAAUUUAGUGGAUGGAUGAAUAAAAAAAUAGUUAACCCUAAAAAUAAUAAAUGCUCUUUUAUUAUAAAUAAUAGAAAAUGACGUUGCACAGCUGAUCGGGGGACAAGAAGACCGAGGAGGAAUGUAGAACGCUGUAUCCAGAGGAUGGUGACAGAAACAACAAAGGCGAGGGCACCGUGUCCUGAAUUCUCCGAGGCGGAAGUGGAGUCGGCAGGAAAGGAAGUGGAGAUGCCCAAAGCAGCGUCGCCCUCAAGGAUCAACACAAAUUUGAUAUACUCCGUGGAGGACGUGCCACCGUGGUACCUAACCCUGCUGCUCGGCUUCCAGCAUUACCUCACCAUGGCGAGCGGUACCAUAGCCAUCCCGAUCCUGGCGGCAUCCUUCCUGUGCCUGGAGGAGGAUGACCCGGCCCGUGGUACCCUUGUCAGCACGGUGCUAGUUCACUCCGGCAUCGUCACUCUACUGCAGACAACCUUCGGCGUCAGGCUUCCCAUCGUCCAAGGCACAGAUUUUUCAUACAUGAUGCCAGUGAUAACCCUGCUGACCGCCGUGCACCCUCCAUGCGCCACGCUGUCCCUUGCAAACAUGACGCGGGAGGCGCAGCAGGAGGAGUGGCUGGGCAGGAUUCGAGACGUACAGGGUGCCAUUGCCACAGUCUCCGUGUUCCAGAUCACCCUCGGAUUCACAGGGCUGGUAGGGAUGCUGACCCGCUGGAUCACCCCUCUCGCCAUCGUCCCAACGGUCACCCUCGUCGGCAUCUCCUUCUUUGACCUUUGCGGGGACAAGAUAGCCUCCCACUGGGGUGUCUCCAUUAUGACAAUAACACUGAUUAUCAUGUUCUCGUUUUAUCUGGGUAACAAAGCCGUGCCGCAGUCCGUACUCAAUACAGGCGGGCGAGCGUGCUUCUUCCUCGUUACCGCCGGGACUAAGAUGCUUAAGUGCUUCCCGGUGGUCCUGGCAGUGUUCCUCGCUUGGGGCUUGUGUGCCAUUUUCACAGCUUACGACGUGCUGGCCCCAGGGUCUGCUGCCCGCACGGACACCAAAGGGGACCUGCUGCAGAGGACACCGUGGUUCUAUGUACCUUACCCCGGGCAGUGGGGAUGGCCCAGAGUGACCGCUGCUGGAGUGGUGAGCAUGCUGGGAGCCAGUGUGGCUUCCAUCAUGGAGAGUAUCGGAGACUACCAUGCUUGCGCCAGGAUCUCAGGUGCUCCUUCGCCUCCCAUCAGCGCCAUUAACCGAGGGGUGUUCGUGGAAGGCUUGGGCUGCCUCCUGGCGGGGCUUCUCGGGACUGGCAGUGGGACCACCUCCUGCUCGCAAAAUAUUGGGGUCAUAAGCAUCACCAAGGUGGCCAGCCGUCGCGUGGUGCAGAUCAGCGGCGUCAUUCUCAUUGUCUCCGGCCUCGUUGGUAAGUUCGGCGCCAUCCUUGUCACCAUCCCGGAGCCUGUGAUGGCGGGCGUCUUGGUCGUUAUGUUUGCGAUGAUCACCUCCAUUGGCCUCUCAUCCCUGCAGCAAGUCGACCUCUCUUCCUCAAGGAACCUCUUCAUUCUGGGCUUCUCCAUCUUUUUCGGUCUCCUUCUGCCUAAGUGGUUGACGCGCAACCCAGAGUCGCUGUUAGGGACGGGCUGGGCGGCCUUCGACCAGGUGCUGAGGGUGUUCCUGCUGACACCCAUGAUGGUGGGCGGUGUGGUGGGCUGCGUCCUGGAUAACACGAUCUCUGGCACGCCUGAAGAGCGAGGGUUGAAGAAGGAGGAGAGGGUUCCUGAAGACUCUGACGAGGAGUGUUACAACCUGCCCUGGAUCACUCCCUGGAUUAAGAGUCAUACCUUCAGGUUGUCGUGGAUGCGCUUCCUGCCUGUCUGCUCAACCUACCUGCGGAAGCCGAACCUCUCACACCAAGUAUGACGAAGUGUGAUCUUAACAGAGAGAGAGAGAAAGAGAGAGAGAGAGAGAGAGAGAGAGAGAGAGAGAGAGAGAGAGAGAGAGAGAGAGAGACUACUAGAUGUUUAAUUCCUUUGUGAACAAUGGCUUUUCUUAACAAUCCUUGUAAUAACAAUAAUCUAAAGUCUUCCAGUAUAUAAUGACUUAGAACUGAUAUUGAAAAUAAUGUAAACCAAUAAACUACAAUAAUAACACUAUAUUAGAUAACACUAAAAUACAAGAUCAAUAGAAUAUAAAAGAUUAGAUAAAGUACAUGUACCUUACGAAAGUAUAUAAAUGAGACGUUAAAAGAU